GCAUGAGCAGCGAGCAAAAGGCUGCGGUGCUCUAUGUCUGUCGAACCGGCUGGGCGGCUUUCGACGCUGAGACGUGUACAGCUAAUAUUCUUUUAUGAGGAAGCCUCGAAUCGCGAACCAUGAUCGAUCUCAUAGAUGUGUUCUGGGCUCUCGUUUGUCUGGGCCUCCUAGUCGUGAUAACGCUAUCUGCGUUGCUGUAUUCGACCAGCUCACGGUAUCCGGAUAUUCUUCGGUAUGAAGAAGAAAUGCAGUUCAAGUGUGGUGAAAAUCUCCUCACGAGAAAAUCAUUCCCCAAGAUCUCAGACGCUCCCGAAAAAACGCUCUCGGUCAUAAUUCCGGCAUACAAUGAAGCAGAACGCCUACCGCCAAUGCUCGAGGAAUGUACCCAGUAUUUGGAGAAACGUUGCAAAGAGGACACCAGCUUCACCUACGAGAUCAUUGUUGUGGACGACGGUAGCAAGGACAGAACGUCAGAGACAGCACAGAAAUGGGCUGCCCUCUACGGUCAAGACAAGUUUCGCGUCCUCACUUUGGUGAGAAAUAGAGGCAAAGGAGGUGCAGUGAGAUUGGGCAUGCUCAGCGCUCGGGGCGAAUCCCUACUUUUCGCGGACGCCGAUGGUGCGACACAUUUCCCAGACCUCGAAAAACUUGAAGAAGCACUCGCCGCUUCUAGAGUGAAGAACGCCUUCUCCGUCGUCGUGGGGUCCCGCGCUCAUUUGGAAGAGCAGUCGGUAGCUGAGAGAACAUUCUUCAGGACGAUACUUAUGUAUGGAUUCCACACCCUGGUUUGGCUGUUCGCUGUUCGGGGCAUUCGGGACACCCAGUGCGGUUUCAAACUGAUGACACGGGACGCCGCCAUAGUACUAUUCACAUCGCUGCACGUGGAGAGAUGGGCUUUUGAUGUUGAGCUGCUCCUAAUUGCUCAGAAGCUCCGUUUCGCCAUCAGUGAGGUCGCCGUGACCUGGACCGAAAUCGAGGGCUCGAAGGUAACGCCGUUCUGGACGUGGCUCGAGAUGGGGAAGGAUCUGGUGCUGAUCUGGUACCGAUACUUGAUAGGAGCCUGGGCCAUCAGAGCGUCUCUGAAGGAGGUCACCAGAUGUCAAUAA